CUUCACGCCGGCAACCAUCUCGUCGGAACACACCGACGUUCUAUAUGUGACGUUUGCCUUCUUAUUCUGACGCAGACUGAUACAUAUAUACAUAUACAGGCGUAACUUGUGUCGUCUCCACCGUACGACAGACACCGGUAUCGUCGCACUUUCUCGAGAGAGCGUCGCGGAUCGUUGCACAGCCGUCGUCGCCGUCGCCGCGUGCCCCAUCGUUUCGGCAACAUGCGUACUCUGAUAUUACUCGUGCUGGUCGCAGCAGCGCAUUGCCAAGAAUACUUCCGCCAGCCCGAGAAAAUCGUCACUGAAAAUAGGGACCUGGGCGAUAACCGUGGCCAUUAUUCGUUCACAUACGAAACGGAGGGCGGCAUCGUGCAAAGUGAAACCGGCAGCCGGAAGUACGCUGGUACGCCGGAAGAGACGCAGCUGAUCCAGGGCUCGGUGCAGUACAAUGCCCCAGAUGGUACACCGAUCGCGAUCAGCUGGACCGCGGACGAGUUCGGCACUCAAGUGGCCGGCACUCACGUGCCGACACCGCCGCCUAUACCGCCGGCCAUUCAAAAGGCCCUCGAAUGGAUUGCGAAACAACCGUCCACCCCGGAGCCCCAGGAAACUGCCAAAGACUCGCCCAGCCAACAGAACGCUGUCCCAACGGGCAACAACAGGCAGUUCAAAUCACUACGGCCGAACCAACGAAACUGAACGACGAUCCUUUAGAGAUUAAGUACCUUAGAGUCUGCAGUUAGAUUCCUGUAACGUGACUUCGAAUAAAUUUGUAUUUUUCUAGAAAAUUUCGUUUCGUUCGAACGAGUCGCAUAGUAUUUUAUUUUAUUUUUCUUAUGUGUGUUGUUCUUUUUCAACCCUUCGGCGACGUUGCUUGAGACUGUUCUUUUGUAAAGAGGUUUUCGGAAAAGUCGUUUGACUUGUUAGUUUCUUGUAGCUAACAUGACUUGCCUUGAUUAUACUUGUGAUAGAAUAAAUUAAUGUCGUAGGUUGUGGUUGUAAUAAACUGUUAUGAUAAAUUUGAAUUAGGAGAAUUUGGGUUUGAGAAAAUAGAUUUGCGAAAGAAAAUGGAGCUUUUUCGAGUGCACUUGGAGUGUGAGCGUAAUCUAUGAGGGCACUGUUGAUAAUACGCAUCAAAAUAGAUAAGUUAUUGUAUUCUAGCUAAACAAAUUUUGAUUUUUUGAAAGCAUUCGAAUAUUUAUGGAGACAUUUUAAUAUAAUAAAACGGGAAAUAUUAUCUCAAACUAUAGCAGGUAUAAUACAUAGAAAUGAAAAUAAUAUUUUUUAUCCUUUCGUGUAUGCAAUGAUGCUCUUAGAUUGUUAAAGAUUAUAUGUAUAAUCGAAAAUAUAAUUUAGUAAGCAUUUCGUAGAAACACGUUAAUAAAAAUAUUUACAUAAAUUGGUAACUAAAAGUUUGAAUUGGUCUCAGGCAGUAUGCAUGAAGUCGUCAAGAUUAUCCGUCCUCUAAGAGUUAAGCCUGUUGAGGUCUCUUUUCCGACUGAUCAAUUUUGAUCUCAUUCCAUAAGUAUAAGAAACUAAUCGGGCGUAAAGAGUCAUGAUUUGAUGUUUCAGAUUGUAUGGAUGUAACACGAAAAUUCUUUUUUUACAUGAACAAUGAUAAACUUUUUUAAAAGUAAACGUCUCCACAGUCUAGUAUUUUGUUUUUGUAAAGUAUUUAUACAAAUGAAG